AUGCUGUCUGCCGCCGCCGCUGCUACCAUCCGAUCAGGCUCUGGGCGAGCUGCAUCCCGAGCUGCAUCCCGAGCUGCGGCCUCACCCUUGGCGGCUGCGAGCAGCAAGAUCCGAGCACCCGGCAUUGCGCCAUGUCGAGCCCCCCUCUCCACCACGCGGGCGUUGGCCUCGCCGCCGGCACGAGACCGCACCCGCGAGAUUGUCACCCAAACCAUCAACAGCAUCGGCAGCAAGCGAGAGGGUCAGCAGUAUCUCAAGCUGUUCACCUCGGUGUCUUCGCAAAAGUUCGCCGUCAUCAAGCUCGGCGGCGCCAUCCUGACCGACUACAUGGAUGAGGUGUGCCGGAGCCUGCUGUUCCUUUACGAACUGGGUCUCUAUCCCGUCAUUGUCCACGGCGCCGGCCCCCAGCUGAACCGCCUGCUGGAGGAGGCCGGUGUUGAGCCGCAGUUCGAGGAGGGCAUCCGGGUCACCGACGCCAAGACGCUCGGCAUCGCCAGGAGGCUCUUUCUCGAGGAGAACAUGAGGCUGGUGGACCGCCUGGACGAGCUCGGCGUCGCCACCCGUUCCCUGGCCGGCGUCUUCACCGCCGACUACCUCAACAAGGACAAGUGGCAGUACGUGGGCAAGAUCACAAAGGUCAACAAGGCGGCCAUCGAAAAGUCCAUCGAGGCGGGGUACAUCCCCGUGCUGACCUCCAUGGCCGAGUCCGAGGACGGCCGGCUGCUCAACGUCAACGCCGACGUGGCUGCCGCCGAGCUCGCCCGUGCUCUGGAGCCUCUCAAGGUCGUCUAUCUCUCCGAAAAGGGCGGCCUGUUUGACGGCGACGGCGGGAAAAUCUCCCACAUCAACCUCGACGCGGAAUUCGAGAACCUCAUGUCGCAGCCGUGGUGCCGCUACGGCACUCGCCUCAAGAUCAAGGAGAUCAAGGAGCUCCUGGACACGCUCCCCCGCAGCUCCAGCGUGGCCAUCAUCCACCCCAGCGACCUGCAGAAGGAGCUGUUCACCGACUCGGGCGCCGGCACCCUGAUCCGCCGCGGCGACAAGAUCCAAAAGGUCGCGUCCGUCGCCGAGUUUGAGGACCUGGGCGCUCUCAAGGCCACCCUCAUCCGGGACCGCGAGGGCCUGGAUGCCGAGGCCACGGUCGACCGCUACGUCGACUACCUCAACGAGAACCCCUUCACCGCCUACUACGACGACGCCAUGCAGUGCCUGGCCAUUGUCAUGCCCCCCAGCAAGGACCGUCGCAUGGCCACCCUGGCCACCCUGACCAUCACCAAGUCCGGCUGGCUGACAAACGUGGCCGAGAACGUCUUUGCCGACAUCAAGAAGGACUACCCGCAGCUUGCCUGGACCGUCAGCGAGAGCGACGAGAACCUCACCUGGUUCUUCGAAAAGGCCGACGGCAGCUUCAGCAAGAACGGCAGCGUUCUGUUCUACUACGGAUGCGACUUCAAGGACGCCGCCUUCACCCCCGUCUACGACGAGUUCAUCCACCACGGCCGGGCCAUGCUGGGCGAUUCGAACCUCGAGUCUCGCCUCCGCCGCGCCGCCAUGGCCGCCAGCGAGUCUCUUCGCCGCACCCACGCGGCCCAGCAGGCUCGCGGCUAUGCGACCCUUUCCCGGGCGGCCCGUGGCGUCGGUCCGCGGUGA